UUAAAUUUUCUCGAGUUAGAAUGAUGGUUAAAUUUUGUAGGAACUCCGCGAUCGUCGUCGUCCAGUGGCGCAAAAUCCUCGAAUUUGAAUUGAACGCCGGAAUCCCUCCGACACAGAUUCUCUCUGUGUCUUGACGGCGGCGGCGGCGGCAAAUAGAAAGUAGAAGUGAACUUCAAAUGAGGAGGAUUAUGAAGAUUUUCAGUUUUCGUUCCGUGGCAUCUAUUUGUGUUAUAACAACGGGAACUGGCCUUGCGUUCCAAGCAUCGAACUCUAAUUCCAAAUUUGUCUCGUCGUCUUCUGAUACUCAUUCCGCUUCUCUCGAUUUUGAGGAGAAAUUUAGAACCGCUGUUUACGGCUUCCGUCGUUCCUCCCGCGCGAUUUCCACUAUUUCUCUCGUUGUUCUUGACUAUAAGUACUCUUUGCAUGGGUUGGUAGAGGACUCUGAGGAAUAUCGUCUUAAAUUGUCUGAGGUUCAUCUACGCUCUGCAAAGAGACUUUUAAAGCUAUGUCAAGUUAACAAAGGGUUUUACGUUAAAGCUGGUCAAUUUGCAGCUUCAUUGCGGCAGACACCAAAUGAAUACUCAUCCAUUCUCUCUUCACUGCAAGAUCAGUCAUCAACACCUCAGGCUGUUCCUUGUCCAUUCAAAGAUAUAAAAGGCGUGCUAAUCAACAACCUUGGUUCAGAUAUAUCAGCAAUGUUUCUUUCACUUGAUGAACAACCUAUAGCUGCUGCGUCAAUUGCUCAGGUGCACCGUGCCAUACUGAAAAGCAAUCAAGAAGUGGCUAUCAAGGUGCAGUACCCUGGAUUGAUGCAACAUGUGAAAAUAGACACCACGGUCAUGUCUUUCCUAUCGAGAACGAUCUCAUGGCUAUUCCCAGACUAUAGGUUCGACUGGCUGGUGUCAGAAUUUGAAAAGACAAUUCUUUCGGAGUUGGGCGUUGCCUUUUUGUCUCCUCUCGCCUUGAGGGUGCGCCUUGGGCUUUCAACACUGGAUUUCAUGCAGGAGGCUAGAAAUGCUGAGGGAACUUCUGAAAACUUCAAGAAGAACAAUUUGGUCAAGAUUCCUCAAGUGUAUUGGGAAUUUACAACAAGGCAAGUUCUCACAAUGGAGUUCUGUGAAGGACACAAGGUUGAUGAUAUUGAAUUUAUGAAGCAAUCGGGCAUAGAGCCAUCGAAGGUUGCUAAAGCACUUGUUGAAGUAUUUGCUGAGAUGAUUUUUGUUCAUGGUUUCGUGCAUGGUGAUCCACACCCUGGCAAUAUAUUGGUUUCUCUGGACAGUUUAAAUGAUGGCUUUACUCUAGUUCUUCUAGAUCAUGGAAUCUACAAACAGUUGGAUGAAGAAUUUAGACUGAACUAUUGUCGGCUCUGGAAGGCUAUGAUUACGCUAGAUACAGAUAAAAUACUUCAACUAGGAGAAUGGUUUGGUGUUCCAAAGUACUCUAAAUACUUCCCUCUCAUUUUCACUGGAAGAUCAUUUGAUAGUACAUCUGCUAUAGGGAUGGGAAUGUCCAAUGAAGAAAAAAGAAAUCUUAAGCAGGAAUUGAAGUUGUUAAAGAUGGAAGACAUAUCUUCAUUCAUGGAAUCUUUGCCUUCAGACUUUCUCACAGUACUACGCACAGAUGCUUUAUUGAGGUCCAUCAUGAGAAAGUUGGGUGUUUCACAACGAGUCAGAAUAUUAACUUAUGCUAAGUUUGCAUUACACGGUUCUUCUCCCAAAUUGAAUCCUGCAACAGAUGCUAUUGUAAAAGUUGCUUACUUCAGAUUGAAGACAUGCUUAAGCUACCUUCAUUUGAGGCUCAUUCUUGCUGGAAUUGAGGCACUUCCAAGUUUCCAAAAGUUCAUGCAUUUUAUGUACUCUUUGUGUAAAAGGUUUUUUCAUGCCAUGAAAAAUAUCCAGAUGCUUUCAUUCCCGUAGCGUAUUCGAGGUUCUUCACUUAAACCUUGUAAUGGAAAAUCAUCGGUUUCUGAAAGGAUAAUUUCUCAAGUUAUACAUUUUUGUUUGUCUUACCAAAAACAAAACAAGAUAAAGAAAUCAGAUAGAGCUAGAAUAGGAGUAAAUAUAACCUUAAUUGUUCA